ACUAAAAAAAAUCAGGUUUCGCUCGACUUCAGCAGGUUCAGUCGUGAAUUUAAACACAUUCAGAGUAAGUUUUUAUUGAAACGAAGACAUCUUCACUCAGAGUUCGCGUUACAAACGGCUACGAGUGCUUUGGAAGCUACUUUUGGGGCAAGUUGAAGUCACCGACUAAACCAGAAAAUCAACCGGACUAAAAGUGACUUGACAUUGUUCCAGCUUCUGCAAAUAAAGGAUUCAUUAUUUUGUGAUUCUUGACAUGGAGGAGUCCGGUGAUGUGUAUGAUGUUUAUAACAUAAACAGUCCUACUUCCUGGGAAGAACACCAGCACCAAAAACGUGAUGAUCAUGUUGAUGUCGACUGCCUCAGAAGGAAGAUCAAGUUCUACUUCAUGAAUCCCUGUGAGAAAUACCACGCCCGCGGGAGAAAACCAUGGAAACUUGUGUUGCAGUUCGUCAAAAUCGUCAUUGUUACCACCCAGCUGGUGUCGUUUGGACUAAGCAACCAGAUGGUUGUCACUUUCAAGGAGGAAAAUCUGUUGACAUUCAAACACCUCUUCUUGAAGGAUUUCUCAGACGGAGACAUGGAUACGUAUGCUGUUUACAGACAGGCUGAUGUUUAUGAGCAUGUUCGGUACAUAAUUACUCAGUUUGGACUACUGCACAAUAACACGGUGGGCAAUCAUGAAUAUGACAAAAAUGGCAGUUGUGGAUCGGCAGAACAGCAAGUGAAGCUAGCUGGGCUUGCUGCAGUGAGGAACACCCUGCUAGUUUUCAAAAAGGUGAGGAAUCAGCCCAGAACUACACGGGAGGAGCUGGUCAAUGACGUGAAGAGAGCUGGGACAACAGUUCACUUCAGAGCAUUGAAGAUGGGUCGUGGCUGGGUCUUCCAACAUGAGAAUGACCCAAAGCACACAGCCAGGAUAACCAAGGAGUGGCUCCAUCUGGAUGAGAUCUACGUGGAGGAGUGGGCCAAAGUUCCUGUUGCAGUCUGUGCAAACCUGGUCAUGAACUACAGGAGACCUUUGACCUCUGUAGUUGCAAACAAAGUACGGUUUGAGAUUGGUGGCACCACCAUUAGACCUACACCCAGUUUAACCCUUUUUUGUAUUUAUAUAACAGAAUGCCUUAAUAUUUAUCCAAUGAGUCCCCUAACACAACAUGAUGCGCUGCAAGACUUCAAAUUGCAUUUUAAAAGGAUGCUCUCUGUGAAGGUCACGUUUGUCCUCAAGGCCAUAAAUGUGCAAACCGUGCAAUAUCGCGAAAUGCCAGACUGCUAUGACUUCACUGUCCUUAUAACCUUCGACAACCAAGUUCACAGUGGCAGGAUAAAGAUCGACCUGGAUACAGAUGUAUCUAUCAAUGAAUGCGACAACUUGAAAUUGUCCGGAGUCUCUCCUAGAAAGUCAUACCUGACUGUGGUUUUUGACUGUCUCAUCAUAAUAACCUGCAUGAGCUCCGUCGCACUCUGCACACGCUCCGUGUGCAAAGGGAUCCGGUUGAUGCUUGAGUACGUUCACCACUCCAAUAAACACUGUGAUAGAGAGGUGCCCUGGUCAGACAAGUUGGAGUUUGUGAGUGGUUGGUACAUCAUGAUCAUCAUCAGCGACACCCUGACCAUUAUAGGAUCCAUUCUCAAGAUAGAAAUUCAGACUAAGGUCCUCACAAGCUACGACGUGUGCAGCAUCUUCCUUGGCAUGGGCACCAUGUUUGUUUGGAUUGGCGUCAUCCGCUACAUGGGCUACUUUAGGAAGUAUAAUAUCCUCAUCGUGACACUCAGGACAGCUUUUCCAAAUGUGAUCCGUUUUGUCUGCUGCGCUGGAAUAAUCUACCUGAGUUACCUUUUGUGUGGCUGGAUUGUUUUGGGCCCAUAUCAUGAGAAGUUCCGGAGCCUAGACACCGGCUCCGAGUGUCUGUUCUCGCUGAUCAAUGGAGACGACAUGUUUCCCACCUUCAAGAACAUGAAGCAGAAGAGCCGACUGGUGUGGAUUUUCAGACGAGUUUACAUCUAUUCCUUUGUGUCACUCUUCAUCUACAUGAUCCUCAGCCUCUUCAUCACAUUAAUCACAGAUACUUACUACACCAUCAAGCAACAGCAGCAGAGUGGAGCCCCGACAUCAGAGCUGCAGAAGUUCCUGUCGGAGUGUACAGACCUGCCAAAGUCUGGAGUCUACAGAUUAGACAAGAACAGCUGCUUCCUGAACUGCUGCAUCAGCAGGUGCAGAAAGCGUCACGAGAGGCUGACCUCAGAGGCAUAGCAGCUUUUUAAACUGUGGAACGUAACACGUUUGUUCUGUAAACAUGAGGGUUGUCUGAUAUUAUCGGCCAAUAUUGACAUUAAAUUGUAAUAUUGAAAAUUGCAUUUAUUACAACUUUUACAUACCACACACACAUUAAACCCUUCAGCUAACUUUUCUCUCUCAAAAUGUCCAACCAUGAAAGGUCUGAGUUUAGUUUUGAUAUUUUUGUUUGGAACAACCAGUCUACCUUAAAGUGACAAUGUGUAUUUUCCCUGGCGAUAGGAGGCAGUAGAUAUCUAAAGCAAGCAUUAUUUUUGUGUUCAAGUAAGACCUUACCAGUAGAUGGCCAUUAGGGUCAAAAAUUCUUGGGUACACAACCUCCAGCAAAAUCACAAGAACAUCAGAUUCCCAUUCAUCACUUGCAAUGAGUGAAGAGGUAAAUGUGUAAAGAACAUUUAUUAAUGCUGAAAGUUUUGUAACCGUUUGUUACAAAUCAGUGAAUGCAGUCUGUCCUCACAGGCUUCCAUAGGUGGAAACAUGGCAUCCAAUAUGGCGUCGCCCGGAGACAUAGGGUGUUUCUCAAUGCCAAGUAACCUCGCCUUGAUGUCUUGGCCCCGCCCUAGUUGCCUAGGAGAUACAUGAUCAGGAACCGCCAAGUCGUGUUCCAAUGUUCAUGUUCUACCGAGGCGUGUGCUCUCCCGUUUGUUAGCCGUUUAGCUAGCUGAGCGAGGACACACGGGAGGAGUCUUGUCGCCUAGCCUUGGUCAAAAAUUAUCCAGAAUACACAGCAGUAUUUUCAAAAGGAUGGCGGAACAGAAGCCGGCAGCUACUUCGGGGGAAAAUUUCAAGUUUAAAAGUAUGUCAUCCAAUUAAAAAUGUUUUUUUUUUAAAGAUCCAAAGUAGUUAUUAAUGGUUGCUUAGUAGUUGCAGCUUCAGUGGCUAGCAGGUAGCAACUCACAUAUUUAAUUUAAACAUACACAAUUUAAAAAGUAAAAGGCUCGUUAUACUUUAAUAUUGAUAAUACGUAUAAAAUAUAACGUUAUCUCCUGUGUCACGUGACGUUACCGCUGUGGUGACGUGAUGCAAGUCUGACCCAUUUAACAGUUUUCUCUGACCAAGGAAGGACAGUGUCCUCGUAGGCAAGGCGCCUGACCUUGCAAGGCAUCGCCUCGUGAGGCGUCUUGACAUUCAGGAACACCCUUAGACCCGUUCCCAUGCAUUGUAAACCCAAUUUUUAUGGUUAUAUGAAACCACCAAUAUUCAACAACUGGGUAUCUUAAUUUACAUUUCAAUGGAUAUUUCCAAAGAUUAAUAGUAAACACUACACAUUGUCACUUUAAAUGUCGCCAUCUUAUUUUGCACAAAUGUUUAAGUAUGUGUGGUAGUAGAUAUGUUUGUUAGUUACCAAACAUGUCGCUGUUCUUACCGGUAUCAGAAAUUCAGAGUAAGACUAUCAGUAAAAACAAUAGUCUCAUGAUCGCUAUGGCCCAUAAACGUUUCCCAUCAGUGGAGGUGGAUGGGACACUUACGUUUUUUUAAGAUUUAAAGAUAUGACUAUGAAUUUGAAAUGAAAAAGUUUUUUUAUGAAUGUUCCUGAGGAAAUUCAUGUUGCACAUGCUGAUAAAUCAAUAAAAUGCUGAAAUGUAAA